AUGGCCCAGCCCCGCUGCCGCUCUGUGCUCAUCACCGGUUGCAGCCGGGGCAUCGGGCUGGGGCUGGUGCGGGGCUGGCGGCUGCAGACCCCUCCGGAUUUCGUGUUGGCGACCUGUCGAUACCCCGAGAAAGCGGAGGAACUCCAGCAGCUUAGCAAGCAAUACAGCAAUAUCAGGCUCCUUCAGCUGGAUGUGGUCUGUGAAAGCAGCAUCAAGAAAGUUGUCAAGGAAGUGGAAGAAAUUGUGGGAGACAAAGGUCUGAACUGCCUCAUCAACAACGCUGGCAUCAAUGUGCUUGCUUCUCUGGAGGAAGUCACAGCAGAGACAAUGCUCACCAUUUAUGAAACCAACACAGUUGCCCAGCUGAUGGUCACCAAGGCCUUUCUACCCCUUCUGAGGAAGGCUGCCCAGCUGGGCACAGGAAUGGGCUGCCACAGAGCUGCUAUUAUCAAUAUGUCCUCCCUUGCUGCUUCCAUGCAACUUGUCCAGGCAAAUGAGAUGUUCCUCAAGGUCUACCCCUACAGGAUAGCAAAGACUGCACUGAAUAUGAUCACCAGGUGUCUUGCUGCAGACUUGAAAUCCGAUGGAAUUCUCUGUAUUUCUUUGCAUCCAGGCUGGCUUCAGACAGACAUGGGUGGAAACAUGGCUCCCAUGCAGGUGCAAGAGGCAAUCCCAGGUAUCCUUUCUGUUCUGGAUCGUCUGGGUGAAAAAGAAAAUGGUUCCUUCCUGGACUGGCAAGGGGAAACUCUGCCAUGGUAGAAGUCCACAGCCUGCUCCAGCAACAGCACAUCACUCUGUGUUUAAAUUGUGCCACUAGUGUCUGUGUCUCUAGGGUUUUCUCCUGGCUAGCUGAAGCAGCCAGCCUGCUCUCCAGCCUCCCUCCAGCUGGGUUUGGAAAGCCAGGUGGCUGACUCCUACUCGGUAUUGCUACUGCUCUCUCCUCAUGCUUCCUGCGAGUCCUGCUGUGCUCUUAGUGAUGGGUAUCUCCUGGAACCAACUCAAACAGAUUAAAAACUGCAAGUUAAAUCCAGAAUUUGGUCCCACUUCACUUCCAAAACCAAAGUGGCCCCCCAGCUCUCUGCAGAAGACCUCGGAGUAAGGUCAGUGCCGGCUGUCAGAGUCCAGUGUGGAAAUACCUCUCUGUAAAAGGUCCUUUGGGUUACUUCAGGCAUGACUGAGCCAAGGGAGCCAAGGCUGAAACUGCCCAGCUCUGACCGGCUUGAAUUUGGCACUUCUGUAAAGUCCUCAGCAAGCCCUGAGUGUCCCCAGGCUGGCAGCCUGACAUGAGGGUGGGAAUGUUGUUUUGUACAUA